GCACGUCUGUCAUGAGUAAGUGGCUACUUGGUAAGAAAACAAAGGCAAGCGUCUCUGUUCUCUCCAGCUGCUGAGGUUUGGCGAUGGAGCAGCUGUACUAUUUAUGAUGUGGAUGCAGAAGAAAACCCUCCCUCCGUCACUGACAUCUUGUGAAACAGCUCGUUUUGGAUUCACCGGAUUUCUAUAUUAAGCACGAAUUUUCCACAGGAAUCGUUAAGAUCCACAGGUCUUUUGAUUGUCGAGCGUCGCCAUGGAGCAGCAGCGUCAGCUUUUAGUUUGACGCGCUCGCGGAUGUUUGUAUCUCGGAAGGCUGGAGUGAGUCUGAGACGCCGCCCUGUUGUUAGAACUCCCAGCAUGGAAACUCACGGGAGGCUUGUAUUGCAUUUGCUAUUGCUGUUCAUAUUCGCUGUGGUGGAGGUCAGGCUGGUGUGUGUGGAUGUGCCAUCAGACGGCGAGGCCAUUGUAGGCAAAGUUAAGAAGUUAACCUGCAUCUACUGCAUGAAACGAGAGGAAAUCCUGGCUACCACCAAAGUGGAGUGGUUUUACAAGGGCCAAGAUAAAAACAAAACUAGAACACUUAUCUAUCUGUAUGACGGCGAGCCGCAGGAGCCGAAGGAUGUAGAUGAGCAAUGGAAAGGUCGGGUAACAUGGACGGGCAGUAAGGACAUGCAGGACGUCUCCAUUAGCAUCCUAAAUGUCACUUUAAACGACACUGGCACAUACGAAUGUGAAGUAACUCGCUUCUUUGAGUUUGAUUCAUUCAAGCUUUCCGCCAACAAGAACAUCAGAAUCAAUCUGAAGGUAAACAUGCGAGCGAGUGCAGACAUCACGGCGCUGUACUCUGAGAUCAUGAUGUAUGUGCUGCUGGUGUUCCUCACCUUCUGGCUGCUGGUGGAGAUGGUCUACUGCUACAGGAAGAUCUCCAAAUCUGACGAGCAAGCACAGGACACUGCGACAGACUACUUAGCCAUUCCCUCUGAAAAUAAAGAAAACCCGGGCCCUGCUGUAACGGAAUAAAAGUCACUCACCAUACGGUACUGACAACUUUUAUUAACCGGUUUAUAAAGAGCAGGCUCUUAUCCUGCCCUCCAAAAUCUCUCCAAGAGCUGCUCUGAGAAACCAGGAAACCUGCCAAAUCAAAUCCCUGUUGUCUUGAUAAUGUGACGUGUGGAAGAAACUCUGGACUGGUUCAUUAUCUUGCGCUGUCUCAGCGGAGGUUAAUCUCAGACUGACUAGGAUUUUUAUGUGUCUGUCCUCAACUCUCGCCUUAGCAGAGACACAAGAGCUGAAGAGCUAUCAUACUGCCUACACACGCACUUUUCUAAAUCACUGUCAUCACGAUUCCCACCUGAGCCUUUCCCUCUUUGUUAUACGCUGUUCUUACUCUUUUGAUAGAAUUAGACGAAACUUGGUUUUUAUUGUCGUGUUUUCUAUACAAGGAUUCUCAAUAUAGUAUUUUGUGUUAUUUAUUUGAAAAGAUGCUUAAAGUCAAUCAGCUAUUUGCAACUUUGCGAUUAAUAAUAAGUGAAACUGUGGUAUGUAAAUGAGGAAAUAUUGUGUACAGUUGCGAAUGGUUUUUGUGCGAUUGAAUGCAUGGGCCAGAUUUACUAACAGCGCAAUGAUUUUGUUGACAUUAAAGGGAUAUUUUCACUCAAAA